ACUUGCUCCGAUUGUUCAGCCAUAUAUCCCUACUGCAGUUGGUAGAUGUCAUGCGGCACCGUGCGGACUACUAUCCGACUCCAGCCAUUGGCGCAGCGAAGCUCCCAGAGAUACAUGCCUUCGAAGUCGACACCGCAACCUCGCUCGCGUUCGUCCAAUUCCUCAGAAUCGUGACCGCGUCCGCAGACCCGGCCUCGAUCACGCACGUCGUCGUCAACGACCUCAUCGGUAGCGUGACGACCACAGACAUGGCCCCGUUACUGCAAAAUCUGCAGAACGUCCGAACGUUAACCCUCGAGGGCCUACACUCUGCGAACAUCCUCGAUCGCGACGUGGUUGGACUCUUCCCCAACCUGCGCACACUGACCAUCUCAGGGUAUGUCCUGAUCGAAUCGACCAUCUCGACAUGGAACAGCCUCCGGACCGUCGCAGCGUGCCCUAUCCCGAGCGUCGAAGAGCUUGUUCUGCAGUUCACGCUCAAGGCCGGGUUCGCCGAUCCCCCGAUGCCCGUGCUCAACGGCGACCUCCGGUAUCCACUGCGCGUGCUCGACUGGGCACUGCUCGACGCCGUGCUGAGUGCAUACAACAACGUUACGCUCGAGUUUCAACUCCACAGGACGUCGCUAGCACUGUCGAAGGAGCAGUUUCCGCAAAUUGUGUCUCUCGUGGAAAGUGUAGCGAGGAAUCAGUUGUCUGCACGUGCGCGGCAGAGCGUACGCCUGCGUGUUUGCUAGUGAGUGUUCAA